AUGUCUUCAGCAUCAUUAUUUGAACAAUUAACUAGUAGCGUAUCAUUAUCUAUGUUAGCCAUCAUAUCUGGAGCUAUACUAGCUGUAUUAUUAAUCUCUACUGUUGCUUGUCGAGUUUUCUUUUCAUCAACAAAUACAAAGACAAUUUCAUCCAAACAACAUUCAAAUAAAGAGAAAAAAUCGAAUACAAAAAAACAGCAAACUGAUACAACAUCUGUUAAUAAAAAGAAAAAUGUUAAAACAAAAAAAGAUGUAGUUCCAGUUUCAUCAUCAUCAUCAUCGUCGUCACCAAGUAUGCCAUCAGAUGAAAGUGAAGAUGAAAAAGCAACACUUGUUGCACCAACAAAAAAAUCAACACCACCAAAUAAAGUGUUAACAGGUAAAAAAGUAGCUGCUUCAGGCGAAAAUAAUAAAAGUGCUACUUCAACAACAAAACAACAAGUACCCGUACGUGCUGGAAAUGUUGAAGAACAAAGUGGAGAUAAUAAAAAGAAACAAUCAAAAUCUGGUGUAGUUUCCACAUCAUCAAAUGGUACAGCUACAUUGAAUAAACAACAAACAUCAGGAAAAGGUGAUGCUAGUAACAAGGUCAAUGCUACUACUUCUUCAAAUAAGAAACAACCUGCACCUAUUAAUUCGGAAGUUAAGCAUACAUCAAAUGUUGAUGGUGAAGGUAGCAGUGAUCAAGAAGAUGAAGGACAAUGGGUUACUCAAAGCGCUAAACAGGUUAGCAAUCGUAAUCGAAAUAAAGGCAAAACUGAAUCAUCACCAUCUGCAUUAUCAAAUCGUAAGACUGUUUCGGAAAAGCGAUCAAUACCAACAACAUCAAAUACAAAUACAACAUCAUCAUCAUCAUCAACAAAUAAAACUGAUUUAGAUAUUGAACCAACAAUACCAUCAGCUAAACCGGUUAAAAUUCAAGAACCUAUUGAAAUUUGUCAAUUAUUACCAACAAGUGAAAAUCGUUAUACAGCUAAUGAUAGUUGGUGGAAAGAAACAUUAAAUAAACAACAAACAUUUUCUGUUAAUGAUAUUGGUGAUUGGCCUGAACGUGAACAAGAUGAACAGUAUAUUGUUAAAGUUCAACGUAUAAUACCGGUUAAUCAUAGAAAUGAUGAUGAAUUAUAA